AAAGCAGGCACCAUGUCGCGCGUGCUGUGUGAUGGCUGUGCGUGAAGGCGUUUUGUUCCAGCGGCUGUGGUUUUCCUCGGUGAAUUAUUUCGCUGUCGAAUUUUGAGUGACCUCAAGCGACGGCAGUGGUGUAUGCGGAAUGAUAGUGGCCCAAGAACGUGCAGAAGUCACCGAGACAGUUUUUAAUACGGAGGAACGCUCUUGCCUCGGUCGGUGUGUGCACGCGUUUUGCACUGGAAAUGCCGCCCGAAGCGCGUCGUUAAAACGCGUUCGUGGGUAAUCCUGGAACGCUUGCUCGUUGCUACCGUGGUCUAGGAGCGUACGAUUCAGCCUCGCUGAGCGAUUGGCCGUCACCAUGCUGCACACAAAACGCGAUAACUCCUUGUGAGUAGCGACGGGCUAGACGAGUCGGUGCUGGUUGGAACAAUGAAGUGAAUGUGAAAGGUGAAAGAUGAAGUCCGCUUUCAAAGAACGGCAGCUGUCCGACUACUCGACAACAUCGCAGCGACCUAAGCGUAAUGCUUCUACAAAAGGACUGGGGUGUAGCAAUGGUCUUCACUGGAUGGAAGAGAAGCAGCUGAAAAAGGCACUCUAUGCUUCACUCAACGAAACCAAAAAAGCUCGGUUGCUGGAUGAAAAUACGUCGGAAGAUAGCCGGGAGCAGACGCCAAAAACUUCCACAAGUACUGUUGUCACAAAAAAGGCAGCUGACACCGAUUCUAAGAGGAUAAAGGUACAUGCUCAACGCAAGUUUGCUCAAGGUUCAAACCCGAGCAGUCCCAUGCCAACGCCAGUCAAGCUUCUGCCACCAUGUCGCGACUCAAGAGAGACAGUGAGCCAACCUUCCACGCUGCUGCCUUGCAAGCGGAGACCAAAAACAGAAGACUUCCUUACAUUCCUCUGCCUGAGAGGCACAAGUGCUCUUCCUCCCGCACUCGACUUCAUGAGUGGGGGCAGCUUUCCUGGUUCAUCGUCCUCAUCAGAUAGAAGCAGCAGUCCUGACCUUGAUGCUCCAGUUACUUCAACCAGUGCUGAGAGUAAAGACAGGGGAGCCAGUGGAAACGCACAUGGGGGCACCGCUUCUGCUGAGCUGCGCAGUCAGGCACAGCGCACUUCUGCACGUGUGUCGAAACAGGAGCGACGGCCCUUGCGGCUUGACAAUGGGGAAGAAAAGCAAGGGACCGAGCAUAGAGCCAGCCGGUCUGCGACAGUAAAGAAAGUAGACAAAAAGAAGGCUGCACCUGAAAAAUUGAAGGAAGUGUAUAAAGCUGGCAGCACGUCAAGAAGUCAUGGCAAGUCCAGUGGAAACUUGACAGCACUUCAAGAAAAGUACAAACAGCAGAGGAUUGCGCAUCAGUCUGCAUCAUCUAGAAAGCCUUCGGCUUUGGGUCUUGGAAGUGGACAUGCUCUCAGAUCACAAGCCAGCCGUGAAGCCUCCCACCUGAGUUCAAAGGGGGCAGUAAAAACUUCAAAGCCGAGGGAACAGUCAACCAGUGUGCCAUUAAGUCGACACCCCGUACCACCUAAAGAUGAAGAUAUAGCUGCUAAGAGCCGAUUGGUGCUAAAAAAGCAGCUGAGCGUUCAGCUGACACGUCUUCACCCACGUAUUGCAGCUAGCCUACGAUAUCCCUUUGUGACAAAUACGACAGCUGGUGUCGUUACGCGUAGGCGCUCAGUUGGGAUUACACCACAUUUACGCAAAGCCAAAAUGGUUCCGCCAAUUGUAGACUAUGAAUCCGAAAGUGAAAAAGACAUGUCCCCAUUGUCUCCUCCAAGGUCCCCUGUUAUCUCUGUUCAGCCAAGGUCACGAGCUGCAGGAAGUAAAACCCUCAAUGCACCACUGAAGCCAAGGGCCAAGGUUGCUACCUCAGCACCAAUAACUAAGAAAAAGCCAACAACCUCAGUUAUUGCUAGGAGGCUGCUCAGUCGUGCCACAACAAGGAUGAGGCCAUCAUCGAAAGCUCGCAAGGCUACCAGAUGUGCAGUGUUCAGACGAAAAACACGAAGCCUUGGACCUGUAAAGGAAUACCCUUUAGUUCUGGCUCUACCAACCAAACGUGGAGCAGGUCGUUCAGGCAGUACAGCUAUGAAAAAGAAAAUGGAUGAGCUUGCUGCAAACGCUGCUAAAUCAAAAGCUCCUUUGACAAAGGGCAGUGAGUUGGUGCCAGUCUCGUCUCGAGCAAGCACAACACCAGUGCACCAGAAGACUAAAAAGGGCACGUUACUCAGGCACAGUGAUAGCGUGGCAAAACGAUCCUCUCGCAGGAUAUCGAGUGAGCUUGUGAAGGAUACACGAUGCUUGAGACAGAGGAGUGGCGUUUCUUCUGCGCAAUAUUCACGUCAAACUCGUAAAGCAUCCAUUGGAAUGUCUGAAGAAGCACAGAAGGCAACUGUAGCAAAGAGGCGUAAAACAGAAGGUAGCACUGGUAUCACUGUAUCCAAUCGUAUGUUUUCUGACAGUGAUGAUGAACCUCUUAUCAGAAUGGCCGGACGCCACACUGAGAAGAAAGCUGGGUUACCAGAUAAAGUUAUAGAAAAAGAUUCUGAUUCACAACAGACUAAGUCUGGUUCUACUCAAAGAUGUGGUGUUUCAUCCUUGCCAGCUUCUGGAAUGCUUUCACGCAGAAAACCAGCACCAGCUAAAAACAAAAGUAAGCCUACUGAAGCUGAUAAAUCAAAAUUGCUCAAGACAAGCCUGUCAUCUGAGCGUUUUUCGGAACCAUCGCCAUCAUCACUGUCUGAAACCAUUGCAGAUGCUGCAGGAGACCCUCUUGAUACUCAAGCACAUUUCGAUGAUCUGGAAUCAAUGUCGGGAGGUGUAGAAGCCUUAGAUGCUCUUGCUGGUGAAAUCUCUCAAGUUAUGUCAUGUCGCUUGAGUUUUGGCAGUGCACAGGAAAUUCAGAGUUUAAUGACAAGCGAGUUCUCUGGUGCUUUUGAUGAAAAUGUUACGGGGGCCAUGCUUCUAAGCACUCAAGAUGGUCGGUCAGCUUCUUUUGAAGGAGGCUUGAAUCUUCUAAAACGAGAUGAUACACCAUCUAAAAUCGAUGCGUCAACAAACACAAGUGAAGAAGGAAUGGCUCUGCUUGCAGCCUCAACACCUGAGGAACUUGUCAUGACGCCAGAGGAAGUUUCUGUUGGAACACAGACUGGCAUCUCUGACACGGAUUUGAUGAACAAAGAAGGGCUUCCAACGCUGGUACCAACUGCAAGGAGGCUUUCCUUUACUGCUUCAGAAGCAAACGGUGCGGCAGCUCAUGAGUUCAGCCCUGAAAUACCGAAGUCAUUGCCUGCAUCACCAAAAUCAAAACCUACAUCAUCACCAUUGCAAAAUCUUGCGCUGCCCCAAGAUUGCUCAACAAUGCUCGAUACAAGGGCAAACCACACAAGUGUGGACCCAGCUUUGGAAAUCGAUUCGAGGACCAGUUCUAUGCAGUCUCAUACUUCCUUAUCUACCCAUGCUUCCAGUUCAAAGUUUGGAGUCGCAAAAGCUGUUACAGAAACGAAAGGGUGUCAUGUAUCUGGGGCAGCCAAAGUGGCUGUUGUUAUUACGCCAAUGCAAAGGCAUGGAUCACUCAAUCCAACGCUUGGAUCAAGGGCAAGUGUUGCAAGGGCAAGUGUUGCAAGAGCAAGUGUCGCAAAAGCAAAUGCUGCAAAGUCAAGUGCUGCAAAGGAAAGUGUUGCAAAGGCAAGUGCUGCAAGGGCAAAUGCUGCAAGGGCAAAUGCUGCAAGGGCAAAUGCUGCAAGGUCAAAUUUUGUGAGAGCAAGUGUUGCAAAGGUUACUGCCGCGAGAGCAAGGGUAGCAAGGUCAAGUGUUUCAGCGGUAAGAACUGUAAGAGCUAGUGUUCCAAGGGCCAUUGUUGCAAGGGCAAGUGCCAUGAGUGCAAAUGCCAUAAGUGAUGCCAGGACAAGUGAUACAAAGGCAAGUAAUUUGAGGACAAGCAAUGUGAGAGCAAGUGAUGCACGUGUCGGUGAUCCAAGAGUGAGCAAUGCAAGAGCUCCCAAGUCUUGUUCGCCCAAAAUGGCUUUCACAUUUACCAAGUCUGGGCCUUCAAAGAGAGGCAAAAUGGGCUCAGACGAUACCAGGAGAGCCAAACUGACACCUUUGGACAGCAAGAAGUUUCCAAGUGUGAAUGACCCAGCGUGCCUUGUUGCUGCACCUACAUACAGGCCCACAGCAGAUGAAAUGCGGGAUCCUAUUAGCUACAUUACCAAGAUAAGACCAGAAGCGGAAAAGUUUGGCAUCUGCAAAAUUGUCUUGCCACCAUCUUUUCAGCCUGAAUGCAAGGUGUUUGAUGAUAUGCGAUUUACAGCAUACAAUCAGUACAUUCACAAAAUGCUUUCAAGGUGGGGCCCAAAUGUGAAACAUAUGGCAUGCAUCAAGCGUUGUUUCACUAACCAGGGCAUCACUGAUGACCAGCCACCUUUGAUUGGAGGAAUUGAGCUGGACUUGUCUCAUCUGUACCACACGGUGCAGAACUUUGGUGGCAUACAGCAGGUGAUGGAAAAAAAGAAGUGGCACAGGGUAGCUGAUGCCAUGCACAUUCCCAAAGCUGCACAAGACAGAGUGUCAAAAGUGGAUGAUGCCUAUUGCAAGUUUGUCCUCCCCUAUGACCUCUUGUCGGGCGAUGAGAAGAAGGCAAUUGAGCGACAAGUUCUGGCAGACAGGGAACGUCAAAUGGCUGCUGAUAGUGAACCAUCGUCCACAUCAGCUGAUGAAGAGGAGGAGGACGAAUUCAGUAAUGAGUGUGUUGCAAAGGUAUCGAGGUACUUUGCCAGUCGUGCUUCGCACGGACGCAUGAGACAACCGCCAGCAUGGACGGACCAAAGCAACACACGCAAGGGACGCAAUAUGUCAUUAAGUGUGUUCUCUAGAGUGGCACGCAACACAAUGUCAAUGUGGUACAAGCAUGAGCCUUCAACAGAGGAAGUUGAGAAAGAUUACUGGAACCUGGUAAUAGACCAGCGGCGGCAUGUCUGCGUCCAUGCAGGAAAUAUCGACAGCAGUGUUCAUGGCAGUGGCUUCCCAACUAAUCGUCUUGUCCCAUUUGCCAAGCAUCCGUGGAACCUCAAGGUGCUUACCAACAACCCAGGAACCGUUCUACGCUGCAUGGGACCUGUAUCAGGGGUGACAAUUCCGACAUUACACCUUAGUAUGCUGUACACAACUGGCUGCUGGUACAGGGACCCUCACUGCUUACCAUGGAUUGAGUACCUUCACACUGGUGCAAACAAGAUCUGGUACAGUGUUCCAGCACAUAGCUCGGACCGGUUUCGUGCAGCAAUGAAGGAGAUAAUGCCACAGGUUUGCAAGGACAGUGUUAUCUGGCUUCCUUCAGACUGUGCCAUGGUGCCUCCUCCUCAACUUGUGGAACAUGGCUGCCCCUUGAGCCGUUUGGUCCAGGAGAAAGGGCAGUUUGUGGUCAUUUUUCCAGGUGCCUUCACCUCCACCAUUGCAUGUGGCUACUCUGUGUCCGAGUCUGUCUACUUCGCCACCCAAGAUUGGUUACUCCAGGCAGCAGAAUGCUUUGAGCACAUGAAAGCCAGCUGUGAACCGCCAACAUUCUCCUUUGAAAAAUUGAUCUUGGGAAUUGCAACUGAACAUCGAGAGAACCUGGACACCUGUCGUUGGACCCUUCCUCUCCUUCGAAAAUGUGGUGUGUUACACAAGUAUCGUACCCAGCUUGUGGAAAUGGGUCUGAAGACGUUUGAGCGCCUUCGCUUUGAUGAAGCAGCAGAACCAAAGAAAGCGAAGCGGCCAAGGCUACGACCUGAAGAUAGCAAUCACGAGUGUGACUUCUGCCGCAUCAGUUGUCAUGUCUCCAUGGUUGUGAACAUGCAAGAUGACAUCCUGUACUGCCUAGAGCAUGCUGUGCAUUGCCUGCAGAGGAAAAACAUGAAGUCUUGGAAGCUUCUUUACACCUAUGACAUGGAUGAGCUCAGGUCCAUACUGCGGAAGCUCGAGCAACACCUAGAGUCCCAGGAGAGUUCUCAAACGAGGUAGACUCCGAGUCAUCUCCGCUGAAAAGAAAAUAGCCAAGAAGAAGUGAACAUGGAAGAAAUUGUCAGUCAACACUGUGUUGUUCAUGGUGUAUAUUCUAUCUGAUGUAGGACUCUAAAAAAGAAGUGUACUAAUGCUGAAGUGUUACUAGUUAUUAUAGGGAUGGACAGUGGUUAUGCUCUGUGUUAGGAGCAAGGGCAGCACCACAAUUCCCUUGAGGGG